AAUAUCAAUAAUUUCAUUUUCAUUCCAUCACAACACUUAUAACCAUCCAACGAACGGCCAAAAAAAACGGGACCCUUAAAGUUUAAAGUAUUUUCAAUUGAUUAUCGCCUAAGAUCAGUUAUUAUAUUUGAGAAUGGAGGUAUACUGGAUUCUACCGCUGCUGUUAUUGCUUGGUCCCUCCGAUGCCAAUACUUGUGUGGAGUACUCAGUUUCCAAGACUCCGAACUCUACUGUCCAUGUGGGCUAUUUGUACCAGACUCUCGUUCUGGGGACCCUCACGGAGUGCUCCUCCCACUGUGUGAGAGGGACCAAGUGUAAGGCUCUGGGUUACACAUCGACAAAACAGUGUAAACUGUUCACCAAGUCCUUUGAGGACGACUCCACCCUGGUCAUUCCCGAGACGGGGACGUAUUACGUCAGCCGAUCGAGCAUCCCGACGGGGAUUGCGGGGAAGUGUAGCGGACACACUUGCGGGGAAAACGAUCUUUGCAUCGAGAAAGACACGGGCUAUCAAUGUAUUCCGGUGUAUGGAGGCGAGCGUUGUUCUGGGCCGCCUAGUGUGACCAAUGCCGUCGUGAACUUUGCUGACCCCGAUUCCUACCCCUGGGGCACGGGGGACACCGUGCACUUCAACUGUAGUGCGCCCCCGGCCGAGCCGCCGGUGAUGACGUGCAUGGACAUUGGGGUGUGGAGCUACUCAUUUUCGUGUUAAGCGGCGCCAUAAUUGUGCGAAUUUCGAAUACCGUUCGGCAAUUGAAUUAGAAACAUUGUUAUAUUAUGAGUUUGAACGUGUUUCCAUGAACCAUAUUUUGAAAAAUAAUCCAGUAACAAAGUUGUAUUAAGACUUCAACUGCAGGGCUUUGAAAAAAACUAGACAUCUUUAUAUUUAUUCUAUAUGUAGAAAGAUAAACAAACGCUGCACAGCUUAAAUAUUGAACUUCAUAUACACACCAUUGAAUAUAAUCCGGUACUCAAAAAUACUUUUCUGACAUGAAAUUGAAUAAAAUCGAUAAACCAGCGAUAACUACAUAUAUGUAAUUGUGAAAAUAUGAAAUAAUGGGCACACAUAGAGAGCGUUUUUGUUCAGGUAAAAAAAAACAACAAGGAAAGUCUAUUGUAACAACUCAGACUUCGAAAACAUUUUGAAAAGUAUUCUCAUGAUGCAGCGAACAAUAGACUUCCUGGACAUCUAUAGCUAGGAUGCUAUAUAUUGUUAAUGAGUAAAUGGGUUAUUGAUGAA